UGGAAAUUUGAAGUGCGCGGAGAGGUUAUAUAGUUUUCACGGUACGAAUUUCAUGUUUGUUGGAAGCUACUCGAUUUGAAAAAUGAGGAUUUCUCGCAAGAGAGGCCAGAAGAAGAAAAAGUCCGAUGCUUCUCCGUCCGCCACCGCCAUCGCCGGCGAUGUUGAGGAUGACCGAGUUUCUGGGUCGGCUUCAGCAGCCCAGCUCAACGAAACAGUGUCAGCUCCUUCCCCUGAACCCACCUCGUCCACCGGAAAAAACCCAUCUCCGCCGCGACGUGGACGUGGACGGCCGAAGAAGCGUAGAAUCAGCAGCCAACCGGAGCCGACUGAGCUCGCCGGAAACAUCCGGAUGUCGUCGCCGGAACGGAGAGGGAGGCACCAUCACGCGGACGAGAACGGCGAUUGCAAUAACGGGGUUUUGUCGGCGGCGGAGCUGAUGGCGACGGGUUCGACGCUGCCAAUUCCGGCGGCGCCGCGGUGGGAGACGGUGGUGAAGGUUGUGCCCUCCAUGGACGCGGUGGUGAAAGUGUUCUGUGUCCACACUGAGCCUAACUUCUCCCUGCCAUGGCAGCGGAAGCGCCAGUAUAGCUCUGGCAGUAGCGGUUUCAUCAUCAGUGGAAGAAGGGUUUUGACGAAUGCGCACUCUGUGGAACAUCACACGCAAGUGAAGCUCAAGAAGCGUGGUUCUGAUACAAAGUACCUGGCGACAGUCUUAGCCAUUGGAACUGAAUGUGACAUUGCUCUGUUAACUGUUAGCGAUGAUGAGUUCUGGGAAGGAGUUUCCCCUGUGGAGUUUGGAGAUUUGCCCGCUUUGCAAGAUGCCGUAACUGUUGUUGGUUAUCCGAUUGGCGGCGACACGAUCUCUGUCACAAGUGGCGUUGUUUCGCGUAUGGAGAUAUUGUCUUAUGUACAUGGAUCGACAGAGCUUUUGGGUCUUCAGAUAGAUGCAGCUAUAAACUCUGGAAACUCUGGUGGGCCGGCGUUUAACGAUAAGGGAAAAUGCGUUGGCAUAGCUUUCCAGUCCUUGAAGCAUGAGGAUGCUGAAAAUAUCGGUUACGUCAUACCCACACCAGUUAUUGUCCAUUUCAUUCAAGAUUAUGAGAGGAAUGGGAAAUAUACAGGUUUUCCUGUUCUUGGAGUUGAGUGGCAGAAGAUGGAAAACCCCGACCUGCGCAAGUCAAUGGGUAUGGAGGCUCAUCAAAAAGGGGUGCGGAUAAAAAGAAUUGAGCCGACUGCCCCCGAAUCUCAGGUUUUGAGGCCAUCCGAUGUUAUCCUUAGUUUUGACGGAGUUAAUAUCGCUAAUGAUGGAACUGUUCCGUUCAGGCAUGGUGAACGAAUUGGGUUUAGCUAUCUCAUCUCUCAAAAAUACACGGGAGAUUUCGCCAUUGUGAAAGUUCUUCGCAACAAACAAAUACUUGAGUUCAAGAUAAGACUUGCAGCCCACAAGAGGCUCAUCCCGGCUCACGUAAACGGCAAACCUCCUUACUACAUCAUUGCCGGUUUUGUCUUCACAACUGUCUCUGUUCCAUAUCUCCGAUCUGAGUAUGGGAAGGAGUAUGAAUUCGAUGCACCGGUCAAGCUGUUGGAAAAGCACCUUCAUGCAAUGGCUCAGACUGUGGAUGAACAGCUUGUUGUUGUUUCACAGGUACUUGUGUCUGAUAUUAACAUCGGUUAUGAAGAGAUUGUCAACACCCAGGCUCUUGCGUUCAAUGGGAAACCUGUCAAAAACCUGAAAAGCUUGGCUGAGAUGGUAGAAAACUGUAAUGACGAAUAUUUGAAGUUCGAAUUAGAAUAUGACCAGAUUGUAGUUCUUAACACCAAGACAGCAAAGGAGGCAACUUUGGAUAUUCUAACGAUGCAUUGCAUACCUUCUGCAAUGUCUGAUGAUCUCAAGACAUAGACACAGAAACAAACAAACAAACAAAAAAAGUCGGCGCCAUGUUCUUUGGAAAAGCACGAAAAACAGAACUGCCUUCUCCGGAUACUUGGGAAGAGAGAGAUGGUCCAUCCAUGGUUCCUUGAUGUUUUCUGGGGCGCACCAUGGGAUCAUGGACAUGAGCCCAUGUAAACACACACACACGUUCUCGGGGAGCUCAUCCAACUGAAUAUUUUCACAUAAUGUUUAUGUUUCUGUUGUCUUUA